GUUUCUGCCUGUGGACGCCGCCGAGUAAGCAUCGUUAAAGUCUCCCCUCCCACCGCCGUCAUGUCUAAGUCAGAGUCUCCCAAAGAGCCUGAACAGCUGCGAAAGCUCUUCAUCGGAGGUCUGAGCUUUGAAACAACCGAUGAGAGUCUGAGGAGCCAUUUUGAGCAAUGGGGAACACUUACGGACUGUGUGGUAAUGAGAGAUCAGAACACCAAGCGCUCCAGAGGCUUUGGGUUUGUCACCUAUGCCACUGUGGAGGAGGUGGAUGCAGCCAUGAAUGCAAGGCCACACAAGGUGGAUGGAAGAGUUGUGGAACCAAAGAGGGCUGUCUCAAGAGAAGAUUCUCAAAGACCUGGUGCCCACUUAACUGUGAAAAAUAUUUUUGUUGGUGGCAUUAAAGAAGACACUGAAGAACAUCAUCUAAGAGAUUAUUUCAAACAGUAUGGGAAAAUCGAAGUGAUUGAGAUCAUGACUGACCGAGGCAGUGGCAAAAAGAGGGGUUUUGCUUUUGUAACAUUUGAUGACCAUGAUUCUGUAGACAAGAUUGUCAUUCAAAAAUACCAUACUGUGAAUGGCCACAACUGUGAAGUAAGGAAAGCGCUCUCUAAGCAAGAGAUGGCUAGUGCUUCAUCCAGCCAAAGAGGUCGAAGUGGUUCUGGAAACUUUGGUGGUGGUCGUGGAGGUGGUUUUGGUGGGAAUGACAACUUUGGUCGCAGAGGAAACUUCAGUGGUAGAGGUGGCUUUGGUGGCAGUCGAGGUGGUGGUGGAUAUGGUGGCAGUGGGGAUGGCUAUAACGGAUUUGGUAAUGAUGGAAGCAACUAUGGAGGUGGCGGAAGCUAUAAUGAUUUUGGCAAUUGCAACAAUCAAUCCUCAAAUUUUGGACCCAUGAAAGGAGGCAAUUUUGGAGGCAGAAGCUCUGGCCCUUAUGGUGGUGGAGGCCAAUACUUCGCCAAACCACAAAACCAAGGUGGCUAUGGUGGUUCCAGCAGCAGCAGCAGCUAUGGCAGUGGCAGAAGGUUUUAAUUACUGCCAGGAAACAAAGCUUAGCAGGAGAGGAGAGCCAGAGAAGUGACAGGGAA